CCAGGGGAUGACGGGCACCCCGAUGGUGGCGGCCAGUCCGGAGCGGCAUGACGGCGGCCUGCUGGCCAACCCGGUGGAGGUGCAGAGCUACCAGCCGCCCUGGAAGGUGCUCAGCGACUUCGCCCUGCAGAGCGACAUCGACCAGCCGGCCUUCCAACAACUGGUCAGCUUCUCGGAGGGUGGGCCGGGCUCCAACUCGACGGGCAGCGAGGUAGCGUCCAUGUCGUCCCAGCUUCCGGACACGCCGAACAGCAUGGUGUCCAGCCCCAUCGAGGCCUGAGGACUGACGGGAGCACCCCUCCUGCUCAUCCCAUCCCUCCCGACUGCACCAACAACCCCCCUGGUUGUAUUUUGACACUGUGAAGACAAUCAUGGGAUUUUACCACAGCCUCAUUCUAUAAUGUCCAUCCCGAAGAGGCGGACGGAUGCGUCAUGGCCGGUGCUGCACGCGCACGCGCCUGAUUAUAGUUGCCAAAACGAGAAGACAUGAACCAUCCAUAAAUGGGACCUCAGAGUAGGAGAGACAUCUAGAUCUUACGAAAUGAUGUGCGCUACUUUGAAUAGAAACAUUGACUGGUGACUUUUUUAAAUAUUCGGUCCACGCACUUCAUCCUGUAAUAGACCACGAGGAGGGGAACAGCACUGCUUUUCUUCAUUUAAUUACACGGUUUCCUUCAUGACCCGAAAGCAUUUGCAACAAGGUAUACCUCUCUUUUGCCACAAGCUUCGUGGGACAUUUGUGUGAAUCAGUGUCCGUCCGAGAAUUCUUUUUUUCUUUCCCAAAGAUGUGUAUAUUUAAGUCAAAAAUACCGUUAGUUCUGGAAGAAAAAUGCUUCGUUUGUUCCCGUGCAACAACAUUUAUUUAUUAUUUAUUGUCGAGACA